CGUCUGUGGACUGCUUUCGCUUUUUAGUGGUCGCCAGGCCCAUUUUAUGCGCAUGCGUGCAUAAUUAUGCAUUUUUUAGUAAAAAGGUCCGUUGGUAAAACAGUGUCACGUGGCAUGGUGGUGCAGGAAACAGGAAACGCUUUUUCCUGACCAUUGGGGGUAUAAAUGCUCAUCCUGAAGUCAACUUGGCUGCAGUUCAUCAUCGGAUCCUCGUUGCAACCCGCCAUUACUCCUGUAGCUAGAUACAACUUCAACCAUGCUGAUGACAAGAUGUCUUUGCUCGCAUAUCAUUUUGUUCUGCGUGUUGGCAAGUUCAAGCUACGCUCAAAUUCCCGAUGCACUUCAUAUUGUUUUAUUGACCGAGGAGGCCCCCCAGUGGUCGUUCCAGUUCCCAAAUUACACUCAUGGCUUCUACCCAGAUGAAGUACUCAGUAUCUGGCUGAUCCGAGUCGACAGAGGCCGCAGAGUGACUUUUGAUUUCGACGUGAUAGAGAUUGCGGGAAAUGACGAGCUGCAGAUCGGGAACGGGAUCGAUGCGUCAGACUUGGCCUCCGUCUUGCGUGACAACGUCAUCGUUGAUUUCACCGGGAAUUUGACUGGGGUCGGCGGGGCUCGAGUCGCGUCUAACGGUCACGAGGCCUGGAUGAAGUUCCAAAGUUCUCAUGUCUCCUCUUGCCGCGGGUUUUCGGUGACAGUGAGGCAAGAAGGAGCGCCAUCAUCGAUCAAAGAAAACGGAUAUUGCAGAAGAGAUGAUUUCCGAUGUGUUGAUGAAGUUGAGGGCGUGACUUGUUUGGGUAAUGGUUCACGAUGUGAUGGAUUUGAGCAGUGCAAGGACGCAUCGGACGAGGCGAAUUGCACUUCGCUACUUGACAGAUUCGACGAAUCUAUGUGCAGGAAAUGUCCGAGUAAUCAGCAAUAUAACUAUGAAACCCAGUCCUGCCCCGUACGUCGCAGCAGAAAGGACUGUGACGAUCCAAACCCAUUUUGUGGCUGUGGCUUCAGAGGUGAAGAUUUGGCAGUAAUAUGUGCAUGGUUGCAGCCUUAUACUUAUUUGCUGGGGACACAGUUCGACACCACACACACCCUGUUUCUUUCCGGGGUAAACGUCAGCGCACUUCAGAAUGGGACCUUCAAGAUGUUUCCUAACCUUAAACAGUUGAAGGUGUUGGUUAUUCAGGCGACAAGUGAUGAAGAAUCAGUUUUAAAGAAUUACGCUUUUGAUGGGUUCGACAGUUUGUCCGCACUUGCUAUUUUUGAUAUAAACCUGAGAAAAAUCGAAGCCAAAGCGUUUGCCGGUCUCGACAAAUUAGAAACAAUAGCAAUUUUGGAAAUGGACUCUAGUCCACGGCUGCCGAUAAUAGAAGACGGUGCGUUUGAUGUCUUAAGUGACAACUUGUCUUUUCUGUACUUCAAUGACUAUCGUCUGUGCUGCUUCUUUGGACCAGAACUACAAGAAAGGUGCAGGGAGUGGUUUGAGAUUCCUGAACUCUUUGUCUGUAGUCAGCUGGUACCGAACUACGUCUUAAAGGCUUUCAUGUGGAUCUUGGGCAUCGGCGCAGUCGUUGGCAAUCUCUUCGUCAUGGUUUGGAGGUGUCGGGAGAAGACAGAACACCGUGCUAGUCGAAUGAUUAAUUCCUUCUUGGUGUUCAAUCUGGCUGGUGCUGAUGCUCUGAUGGGCUUGUACAUGUUGAUCAUAGGUGGGGCUGAUGUGCACUACGGGGCCCGUUAUUUUGAGGUGUCUGACGAGUGGCGAUCCAGCGCAGCGUGUAAAGUAGCAGGGUUCAUCUCCAUCAUAGCCAAUGAAGCGUCCGUGUUUUUGUUAGUCCUCAUCAGCGUCACGAGAUUCAUGUUUAUCGUCUUCCCGUUCUUCACUAAUCACCGUCUGACUCUCAAGGUAGCUAAGAUUGUUGUGGGCUUUGUCUGGCUCCUGACAGUCAUUCUUGCCGUGGUCUCCACAGUUCUGGCUUCGGAUGAGGCGUCUGACGCUUAUGGUCUCUCAGAUGUUUGCAUUGGUCUGCCGCUGACGACUAGAGUUACUGGCCUUGAGAUACAGGAACAAGUUGUUAAGGUUGGAGGAAUCGGUGAAGUAACCUACGCCAGACCGGUACCAAUCAGCCAGUCCGCUACCUGGGUCUUUGCUAUCGUUCUGUUCCUGGGUGUCAAUCUGUUCGGUUUUUGCCUCAUUCUGGCCUGCUACGUCGCCAUCUUUGUCAAAGUCAAAGUAGCGGCCAGACGAGUGCGCAGCUUCAGCACGCGAGAUGAAAGCGAGGUUCGGAUGGCCGUUAAGAUGGCGGUCAUUGUCUCGACAGAUUUACUAUGUUGGAUGCCCGUCAUAAUCAUGGGAAUUCUCUUCCAGGCUGGUGUUGUCGAGAACAAUCCUGAGGUCUUCGUCUGGAGCGUUGUCUUCAUCCUUCCCAUCAACUCAUCCAUCAAUCCAUACCUCUACACAUUCCUGGAUGUUUGCCGCAAGAAACAAUGCAUGAAACCGUCGCAAAACAAGGAAGAAAUCCCAGUCGAGUCCAUACCCGUAUCUCAAAAAACGAUCCCGACUGAUGGAUGAAUACUAAAUGUUUGAAAUAAAAUCUGGCUAAAUUGAGGGCUCUAAAUAUUGCAUUUUUUUUGGUUUCACCAGCCAUAAGUCCACUAUAAAAAAAACACAAAAAAAUACGUAAAGGGUCCUUGAUUUUGUUGUAAAAUUUUGAUUAAAAUAAUAAGUAAUUUUGUUUUAACAAUAAUGACUUUGAGAAUGAGAAACGUUUAGCUAGAUCAGUGAGCUAUAUCGUCGCAAAAGAGACUAAUAUGAAAUUGUUCAGAUUUGUAUUCUCUUUUCUUAAAGGCUCAUUUAAGAGAGAACUAUAAUCAUGCAUCGGGUUUUUUUUACGUUUUGGUACAGUUUAGUGGGAUUUAAAGUAUACAGAUUAGAAAGCUCAGUAUUUAAUCAGGAAGUUAAAAGUUCAGAAACUUUCAUCUUGAUGCAUCUUUUCGAUGCAUUUUUGGUAUCUUUUUGGUAUCUACAUAGAUGGUUUGCGACAUAACUGCGUUUUAAGUAUAUCUCAUUAUAGAGAAUUAUAUAUAUCAGACUUCAGCGCUAAUACAGGGCGAGUAAAAAAAACAAACACCAGAACCCAAAUGUUCGGACCAUUGUUUUAGUUAAGU